UUAAGACGAGAUCAUAAUUAGCUAGACAUCAAGGAAGGAAUUCGCUAAGUUCGUCUGAGGGAUCUAGUUUGAAUAUCUCCUAUCGCCUAAGAUAACUCAAUACCUCUUCCACGACCAGCAUGAAAAUGACGUCGAGGCGCGAUAAAGAUGAACUUUGAUAACCGACCACCCGACGAUUUGCUCAUCUAAUAGUCACAAGUGGGUGAAAUAAGGACGCACUCUUACAGGAAGUUAGGGAGAAACGAGAUACGCAAUUACCAUAUACACGCGGACAAACAGAUGCAAUCAAAGGCUCGAGGCGUUAAAUAACCGGCGACUUUAGACACUUGUGGUAGUAAUUGCUAUACGAGGUCCGGUUAGGAGUAAGAAGAAACAAAAAUCCGUAGAAUGGCCAGAGUUUCUACACAUAUAGCAAUGUUCGUAGUUAUGUACCUAGCCACCACACAGGUCGUAGUAGAGAGUUUUACUCAAGGUUUUCUGCAUUUUCGCGCCACGGCGCCCCCAGUGAAGAAACAAGCGAACGACACGCCAUACAGAGAGGAGUUUUCUUGGCGUAUGGCCCUACUAAGGGAUAUGGCGAGAGACGAGAAACGCGAAGAGACGGCGGAGACGGCAGGCCGGCAGUCAGAUACCAGAGAGGCUCAAGACAUAUCUACAACACAACAAUUGUGCGCAAUGUUAGAAGCUCAAUGUACAACAACGCGGCUUAGACGCAAGGUGAGACUUCAGCAAGCUAGACGAGAUUUCUGUGCCGAAUUUGAAAUCUUAUGCCAACAGAGAUAGCCAACCCAAAUCAAAAUUCUGUAUACUAAAACACACUAGGAUAUUGUAAAAUUAUAAAUAAUACUUAAUAUUUUCUUGUAAUAAAAUAUGAGAGAAAUUUGAGAGUUGAAAAAAAGUUUGAAAAGACAUCCCAUUAAACAAAAAUGGCCAUUCAUCCAAGCACAUAAAAAUAUCAGCCUUUUGACCUCCUUAAUAAAGCAAAUGUUCAAGACUUUGAGAAAUAGUGUAUUCCUUUCAGAGAAGUUGAUAUAGAGGAAGGCAGACAUGAAAAGUUCUUCAGUGCUUCCAAUCUUCUAUUUUCUUCAAAACUGCCUCUCUCUUUUUUCUCUGUCUUCUUUUCUUUCCUCUUUUUUAGCACCUCACUCCUUCCCCCACUCCUUAAAAUAAUUCCAAAUUAAGUUCUUUUCAAGAGUUUUACCCCUGUCGAGGAGACUAUAGUCCUGAAAGAGACAAGGUUGGAGAAAAAGAUUUCAUGUAAAGAAAUACUGUAUGCCAUGGAGCAAGAAAAUAAACCACACAAAUUACACUAAACACUUUGCAAAUUGAUGGCUCAAAGUUGAAAUACAAAUGGGUCAUUUUUAGUAAUAAGCUGGCUAGCAGGCUCUUUAGUGGGAUAUUUCAGAAUCUUGGCAUUCAUGUACCAUGGGAACAGUAAUGUCCAAAUAAAUUCAUACUGUGCUAGCAGGCAAGUAAUGGUGUGCCUUUCGAAAUACCUUAACUAACACUCCUAAUAUCCUUAAUUAAAAUUUCUUUAGAAGCAAGUUGUAUGUGAAAUCAUGAUACAAUUAAUGACUUAUUACUACAUUUACACCUAUUAUUGUUACUAUAUUAUAUCCCAUAAAGAUCUUUAUUUAUUAAUGAUGGAAUAGGCAGUUUUAGUCUAUCCAAUAAAAUGGAGAUACCAUGCAGUAAAAAUUCCUCAGCUA